GAUUGAAGCCGAAAUAAAUCUGAGGAUGUUUUUUGGACAUGCUUGGUUUUUACUGCAGGGUAGUAGAUUCCACAAUGUGCGAGUGGAGCAGGAGGAGAAAUCACUUCACACAUCAGCGGACAUAAAACCACUGGUUUGCAUCGUGGGAACCAUCACCAUAGAUCAGUUGAAGAGUCGUGGCGUCCGAUCACGAGGGACAAAGCAGUUCAGCAGCUGAUCAUCUUUCAACCCUAGAUGCUCGUCUUUCACAACAUGGCUCCAGAAAACGGAUAACUCUCCCCUGCUCUGAAGGAAUGUAGAGAAAGAGAACUAGAUACUGUUCACACACACGCACACACACAAAUGCAGUAAAGGGAGAAUGGAAGUGCAGGUGCAGAGUCAGUUGCUAAAGCACCAGCCUUCACCAUUGUCUAAAAUGCUAGUAGGCUAUUUGUUCAUUUAAUUAAUUAGCUAUAACAUACAUAUAAUAUGCUUUGCUGUAUUGUAUGACUGUAAGACUUGCCAACCUGGGGCAUAUGUUGGAUGGACCAUGGUGCGGCUUCUACUAAAGAUCCAGCGCUACUUCUGGCGGAAGCCUGUGCGUUUCCUCUCCUUCCUACUUUUCUAUCUAGUGGCUGGAAGUCUUGUUUACCUGCACACUGGUUUCUCCAGCAAUAGUUCUGCUGGUACUAGGAAUCUCCUAAUGUCUGAAAAAGGCAUGAGGUUAGCAUCCUCUGAGGUGGGCCAAAGUCUUGGUCUUAUGAGGAGAGUGUUUAGGGACACACAGAGAUCACCUCAUUGGCAUAGACCCUCCUGGUUGAAAGAAAAUGGGCAGGAAGGUCCAGAACGAAGUAGCCAGAAAAGAGACUACAGCAACAGUUUGAGCCAGGGGGUCAACCACAGAAGUACCAAAGAUGUGGAAGAUGGAAGAUCUAAAUACAUUGGUUGCUACAUGGAUGACACACAGAACAGGGCACUAAAAGGAGUGUCGUUUUUUGACUAUAAAAAGAUGACCGUAUUCCGUUGCCAGGACAACUGUGCUGAAAGGGGCUACUGGUAUGCUGGCCUGGAGUUUGGAGCAGAGUGCUACUGUGGUCACAAAAUUCAAGCAUCCAAUGUCUCAGAAAGUGAAUGCAACAUGGAAUGCAAAGGAGAGAAGACAAACCUUUGUGGAGGUGCCAACCGACUGUCUAUCUACCGCCUGGAACUCAGCCAGGAAUCUGCUCGACGCUAUGGAAGUGCCAUCUUCAAAGGAUGUUACCGCAAACCAGAAAAUGCCACAUUGGCUCUACCCAUCACUGCAUUGAUAAGAAAUAUGUCUGUGGAUAAAUGUGUUGACAUGUGCACAGAGAAGGAGCUUCCUCUGGCUGCACUGUCAGGCCAGCAGUGUCAUUGUGGCUUCCGCACUACUCUGUUCACACUUCAUGAGCGUGAGGAUGAGGACCUGUGUAUGCAACGCUGCAGUGGGGAAGAUUUUGAGAGCUGUGGAAAUGAGGAAUUCUUUGUGGUGUACCAAACACAGGUUCAAGGUGAGCAACUACAUCUUUCUGCACAGGUCUUGUGUAGAAGCAGUAGUAUCAAACAUGCCAUAAACAUACACAUUCAUACACACUAA